AUGAGCCACGCCGUACACGGGUUCUAUGUUCGAAUACAGGAAGUCGGAAAUACCGCUCGUGGACCAAGUGAACAAGUGACCUCAAGAUCCACGUCAGAUGGAUCGAAGUACGGCAGCGGCUAUGAUGAUACAGCGUUUUGCUUCGGUUCCGUGGAUGAGGCUGAUUGCGCCACGCCCGAGUCCCGCCAGAUCUGUCAAGUGCCACAAUCCCGAUGUGAGAGCAGCAGUUCGCGGACUUCCUUCCAUGCUUUUAUGUGUAGCUCUGCAAAGGAAUGGCGUGCAACAAUAAGCAUCCAGCAACACAGUGGACGGUCGGUUGAGAAGAACAUAACGCUUCCGAGGCAUCGGCAGAAGGAUUUCAGCUCUGAUAUAGACUUUGGGCUGCGCAAGUUCAAGGGAUCAACCACCAAAUUUGGAUCUCCCUCUAUUCCUUCGGGCUACAAUCCUCUUGAAGGAUUGCCGCUUCUUAUAAUGGAAUCUCGUUGUCUUGCCACGCUACUGGAAAAGGGCCUCGAGAGCAACGCAACUAGUACUGCUUCUCUACCAUCCCAAGUCACGUCACUCGCAGAAGAAAAAUCUCAACCUCUCCUCAUCACGUGCCCUCUUCCGGCAGAGAGGGUCGAUGAGAAGCCUUUCCGGAAGCUUCGACAUGCCAUCCUCACCGUGUACUACCGCCUCUUCACGCUCGUUAUCGUGGCCAACAUCAUCGGACUUGUAUUCAUCGACCACCGUCACCGUGACAAUACUUCAUAUGUCAAGAUUAUCUCGUCUGCUGCUUCUGGUAAUCUCUUCGUCGCCGUUGCCAUGCGUCAGGACUACAUUAUCAACUUCCUCUGUGAGGUCUUCGCUGCAACUCCCAAGAGCACACCACUCCGGAUUCGUCGCAUCCUGGCUAAAGUCUUUGAAUUCGGUGGCGUCCACUCAAGUGCUGCGAUCUGCUCCACUGCGUGGUUCGUACGCCUCGCAAUCCAUCUCACCGUGAGCUUUGAGAACGGCAACCUACGCAACAUUCCAGUCCUCGCACUUGCUUACGUUCUCCUGCUACUCUUCACUGCCAUUGUCGUUUUCGCCCAUCCAAAGAUUCGCCAAAAGAACCACAACACCUUCGAACGCAUCCAUCGCUUCGCUGGUUGGAUGUGUAGCAUGAUCUUCUGGACACUGAUCGUUCUCACUGCGAAAGCGCUGUCAGAAGCGCCAGGCGCCGAGCAUACACCCAUCUACAUCCUCAUCCGCCUGCCUUCGUUCUGGUUGCUCUCUCUCAACACCAUACACAGUGUGGUCCCCUGGCUUCGCCUGCGCAGAUGGGAAGCUACACCGGAAGUGAUGUCACCUCACGCCCUUCGUCUCCACCUCAAGGCCAAUAUUGCAGAUUUCUACACCAUUCGCAUUUCUGACAGUCCUCUUAGCGAAUGGCACUCGUUCGCGUGCUUCGUCGACGCCAGGCCCCGAAAUGGGAGCACGAACUCCGUGGUCAUCUCUCGUGCUGGAGAUUGGACGGCAAAGACAAUCGCCGACCCCAAGCCCUUCUACUGGACCCGUGGCUUGCCAACAAGAGGUGUUCUCUACAUGUCGCUCAUAUUCAGAAGUGUUGUCUUGGUCACUACCGGAAGCGGCAUCGGACCCUGCCUCAACCUCCUUGCCAUGAACCCCUCCACCCGCCCAUCUGUCCGCGUUUUCUGGUCGACGCCAAACCCGCUCAAGACCUUCGGCGCGGAGAUCGUUGGCAACGUCCGAGCAGCAGAUCCUAACGCCGUUAUUUGGGACACCAGGCAGUUUGGCCGACCUGACAUGGCUGCAGUGACGUGGCAGUUGCUGAAGGAGUCAGGGGCGGAAGCUGUCUUCUGCAUCAGCAAUCCGAAGGUUACGAAGUUAGUCAUUUAUGCGAUGGAGAGUCGUGGUGUUGCUGCCUAUGGACCGAUCUUUGAUUCUUAG